ACAUAAUUGAUAUUGAACUCUAAUGUGGUUCGUUCAGGUUUUUCAAUCAGCCGAACUGCGGAAGCAAAACUCCACCCAGUUCCCCUCUUCACUCCACGCCGUGCUCCCUCUCUUUCCCCUCUCCCCGAUCUCCGUCUCCGUCUCCGUCCUCCCGCCGCUGCCGCCAUGGACGGCGUCAUCGGCCAGAUCUUGGAGAAGCAGGUCCUGUCGGCCGCGAAGGCGGUCGAGGACAAGCUAGAUGAGCAGAUCGCCGCGCUCGAGCGGCUCGACCCGGACGACAUCGAGGCGCUCCGCGAGCGCCGGAUGCUGCAGAUGCGCCGCGCGGCCGAGCGCCGGGCCAAGUGGCGCGCCCUGGGGCACGGCGAGUAUACGGAGGUCCCCGAGAAAGAGUUCUUCUCCACCGCCAAGGCCAGCGAGCGCAUGGUGUGCCACUUCUACCGCGACAACUGGCCGUGCAAGGUUAUGGACAAACACAUGUCGAUUCUCGCUAAACAGCAUGUAGAAACACGGUUUAUCAAAGUCCAUGCUGAAAAGGCUCCCUUUCUGACCGAAAAACUAAGGGUUGUUGUGCUCCCAACUCUUGCCCUAGUGAAGAAUGCCAAGGUUGAGGAUUAUGUGGUUGGAUUUGAUGAGCUGGGUGGUAAAGAUGACUUCAGCACUGAGGAUCUGGAGGAACGCAUUGCCAAAGCUCAAGUGAUCUUCCUCGACGGAGAGGGGCCUGCAAAUCCUUCCAAGCAAGCUGCUGCCAGCAAGCGAAGCGUUCGACAAUCAGAUACUGGCAACUCAGACUCAGACUAGUUCUGUUCCUGUAUUGAAGGCGUGUGCGCCAAGGAUUUUUAUAUAUAGGAUUUAUGCCAAGCUGUUAUGCUAUCCUUACUAGUAAUAGGAAAGAAGUUUGUGUUUCGAUGGCGAUUUGAACCGCAAUUGUCACUGUUGUAGAGUGCUCUUGUUUUUACCAUGCGUCCAUACCUGGUUUGGUUUGUUUAUUUGAGUGGAAAUGUUUUUCGUUGCUAGCA